AUGAAGUACCGUAGCAUUGGAGGUCUUUCUCAGGCUUGCAGCUCAGUGAAGGUUGCCCGUGCUGGCAAGCAGCCAUUGCGGCAUCGAAGCGCCAUGAUGGAUACUGCUGCCGGAAGACCCGUCCGUGCAAUUUUAUGCAUCUCUGCCGUCUUUUUCUGUUUCGUAGCCGUCACUCGGGCAAGUGGUGUUGCUAGCGCUAGGUCCCUCCAGCAGGCGGGAAACAGCUCCUGCCCCCUCGUAUUCAAGCAGCAAGACAUCGCAGACACGAUCGCCACUUGCGCAAAAGGCACGGACCCCAGCAUCUUCUUCAAUGUCCCUUGUUGUACCCGCAUCUAUGGGUUACUCUACCAGACGAGGACGCGCCAUGCAAACUCCACAGACCAGUUGCUCCUUUCCCAAGAUGCCGCUGUCGCCUGUGUACAGGCAAUGGAAACUUCCCUGGUUAGUGCGGGCCUGCCUCCCAAUCGCUUCUCUACCUGCAACGUAAACAGUACGGGCAUGUGGCAGCCCGCUUGUGGGGACGCGCUCACGACAAUCUCGGCCUUCAAGACGUUGACAAACUACUCGUAUCCAGGGUCAACCUCAGCGGCGUGCUGGAACCAGCCUGUCUGCUCCGCUUGCGUUGCCAGCAUGAGCGCCAAGGUCGCAUCGCUCCAGAGUCUGCAGGGGGUCAACGCAAGCCUUGUUGCGACAAGUGAAUGUAAAGACCUGGCCAACAUAGCCCUCGUGGCUGCGGCGUACCCCCUCUCGAUCGCCAACAGCAUCGCAACAUGCCUGUGGAACAGCCCCGUCGACAACCUACCACAGUCCGCCACGUGUUCUCUGGGCUACGAUGCGGUGGACUACUCGAACGUGGUCCGGGCGUGCGGACCGCUCAAAGAGCAGGGCAAUCGGUGCUGCGACACGGUACUGGCCGUAGGCGGGCAGGUUUGGUACGAGUUCAUCAACCGCACUGGUACUCCAAACUACGAGACGGAGACGAAUGCGUGCACCGCGAGCUUCAAGGCCGCACUGGUCGCCAACGGCCUCUUGGAAACCCUCUAUGAAGAAUGCCGCCUCAGCAGCUUUAUCCCCCUGAUCGCGCUGCGCUGCAACAAAUACACCGUAACCCCCCCGGAGCUACAGGCUAAAACUGAGGCAGUGUGUGCCCCCGGGCGAUGCAAUGCCUCCUGCACGGCAACGGUCCAGGAGGCCUUUGUCACAAUGGCCGGACCGUAUGCGGACACGCCCUCGAUCUCGUACUGCGGCAUCUUUUUUUCCGGCAGCUUCUGGCCACAGAACUAUGGGUACCAAGGGGCGGUCGACCGCGCAAAUUGUUACUGGAAUUUCCCCCCUGAGCUGCAGCUCCGGAUUCUCGAACUGGGUCCGUCCGGCAGGUCCAAACGCAGAAAGGCGCUGAUUGCGAGCCUAGUCUCGGUCUCUGUGGUCUUCGCUUUUGUGGCGAUUGCGGUAAUGGGGCUCCUUCUGUGGCGCCGUCAAAAGCGACGGACGGAAUCGAUCCGUGACCAGGACCGGUUCAAGGCGAAGCUUUCCAAAUCGCGGACCGUUUCGGAGCCGUUGCACUGGUACUCGUUCCCGGAACUGCGCGCCGCGACGCAGAACUUCGCCGCGAAGCAGCUGCUCGGCAAGGGCGGUUCCGGGAGCGUGUAUCUGGGGGAGUUGCCGGACGGGACGCGGGUCGCGGUGAAGCAGCUUGCAAAGCCGUCAACGCCUGACGGCGCGGAGGAGUUCAUGACCGAGGUCUCCUCGAUGGUCUCAUGCCGCCACCGGCACAUCCUGACCAUUAAUGGGGUCCACGCGUCCGACCGCCAAAUCCUUCUCGUCUACGAGUACAUGACCAACGGUUCCCUGGAAGAUCACCUUUUUACCACCCCCGGCGAGUCCACCAAACAGAUGAACAAGCCGGCCAUCUUUCUGGACUGGCCGCGGCGGCUGAAGAUCGCUCUGGGGACCGCUAAGGGGCUUGCGUAUCUGCACGAGGACUGCAAGCCGCGCAUCAUCCAUAGGGAUGUGAAGCCGUCCAACAUUCUGUUGGAUCAGGAGCUGGAAGCCAAAGUUGGGGACUUCGGGUUGGCCAAGUUUACUAAGGACGAGGAAACCCACGUCUCUACGGGGGUGAGAGGUACCUGGGGUUUUCUUUCCCCCGAGUACGUGGCGACGGGCCAGGUGUCGGAGAAGUCGGACGUGUACGCUUUUGGGGUGGUGCUGCUUUCGUUGGUCACUGGUCGAAGACCAACCGACUCGGAACGAGAGGCGGAGGAGGUGUUUCUGACCGAGUGGGCUUGGAACGUGGCGGGGUCUGGCGAGUUGUUAAAGCUUGUGGAUCCGGCUCUGGUGGAGGCGAUUCCGGUGCACGAACAGACUAUAACGGUUGCCAUCAAGGUUGGAUUGAUGUGUGUCCACACGGUAGUAAAUCUGCGGCCAACCAUGCGGGAGUGCUUUGCCAUGCUUUCUCAACAAAUGGAGUUGCCAUCUUUGCCAGAACGGCCGACUACUCUCUUUACGGUGUCGUCCGGUCGUACAAAUCAGUCCACCUCCUUUGCAACGCAGUCGUCAACGGAUACAUCAAGUAUGCGGAGUUUUUCGUUAUCGAAUAGCAACGUAGGUAAGAAACUUGAAGACGUCGUAUAGUAUUUAAAGGACGAGGUAACUUAAGUAGCAAGUCAAGCUGUAAGCUUUGUGCCAUAUUAAUGGACGCAGCAAUGCAUAUCCAAGGCCCUUAUGAAAGGGGUGCAAUAGGGAGGCAACCGGACGUGUCCUGAACAUUCAAGUACGUCUGUCUGAAUUCAGGGCUUUCAUUGAGACUUUACGCCGGAGGUGUAUCGACGGGAAACUUGAAGUUUAUUGCAUCCAGUUUUGAGCGACG